GUUAGCCCUCCGGUCAGGAGGCGUCGCUACGGAAACUACGGGCGGUUGUUUAGCUUCGGUGUCCGGGUAAAAAGCAUGGAGUCAAAGCUGCUGAAUGGCUGGCAGCAGGAGAAGGCAGAGCUGGAGGUGGAGGUGUGUCGACUGCAGGAUGAUCUGGCGGAGAGCCGAGCCGAGAAGGAGGAGCUGGAGUCCAGGAGCAAAGUUCUGACAGACAGGCUUUGCCAGACUCUGAAUCCAUCAAUGUCCCUGUUUGAUGGGGACCAGAAGAGGUGGAAAACGAAGCUGAAGGAGGGAAUGGAGAGGGAGGCCAGACAGGCGCUGCUGAUCCUCCGUCUGCAGAACAAGGUGAUCGAGUACAAGGAGCGGUGUCACCGUGUGGAUCAGCAGUUGCAGGAAAAUUACUCCAGGGUUCUGAUCUCUGAGCAGAGAAUCAAAGAUGAGCACAGCCAAUCUCUGGAGAGCGCCCUCAUCAGUCUGGAGGAGGAACAGCAGAGGUCCACCAGCCUGGCUGACACCAACGCUCUCCUUCGCCACCAGCUCAGCCAAUCAGAGCAGGCCAACCGGGAGCUGGCAGAAGACCUCAGGAAGCUGACUGCUGAUUGGUCGAGAGCCGUGCAGGAGGCGCAGCAAAAAGAGGCCGAUUGCCAGAGAGAAAAAGAGUGUCGGUGGGGUCACAUGGGUCAGCAGCAGGCCCGGCUGCUGUCACUCUGGAAGUCAGUGCUUGAUCUGAGGCGACACUGUCACACGCUGAGAACAGCUGCUGACAGGGAUCUGUGGCAGCUCAGGGCGGAGUUUUCCAGACUCUCCUCGUCUCUCCUCUGCAGCUGCGACUCCGUCUGCUCCUCACUGAGGCUCAGCGCCCCUCAGAUCAAACCCGCCUCCUCUGACCUUCCUCCUCCAUCAUACUCAUCACCUCCUCUGUCCUCUACUCUCCUGCACUCUCCUCCAGACGUCUCAGGCUCUCCUCUUUGUCCCCACCCCCCUUUCCCUCUGGGGAUAUUCGCCUUAGGAGAGGAAGAGGAGGUGCAGGAGCAGGAGGAUAAGCCACUGGAGUUGAAGCUCCAGCAUGAAAUGGAGGUGUUCCAGCUGGAGCAAAGGAUCGAGGAACUCAGUCGCUCCCUGCAGAUGGCAGAUAGAGCGAGGGAGGCGUUGGAGGCGGAGAUGGAGCGGCUGAGGGAAUCAGACAGGACGCUGCAGUCGGUCGGUCAGGCUGUCAUCAAGAUGUUCCAUUCCCUGAGCAGGGUCAGCAACCAGAUGCCGAGCGUCUCCACGGACAGCGUCCUCAGUCUGGAUAUGUCCUCCCUGCUGUCGGUUCUGUCUUACACUGAGAGCAUGCUGCAGCGGAAACACGAGGAGCUGCAGGGGGCAGAGCUUAGUCUGCGGCGGUUCAGCGAGGAGCAAACGUCUCUGCAGCUCCGCGUGAAACAGCUGGAGGAAGAAAAAGAGCAACUGGACAUGAAAACUGGGAGCAUACGGCAAGAACUGAAACACACACUGGACUCUCUGAGCAGGGAGAAAGAGUCAUCCACCUCCCUGCGUCUGCAGCUGGAGGAGGUGCAGAUGAGAGAGGAGGAGGUGAAGAGAGAGAUUGACAGACUGAGGAGAGAGAGAGACAGAAUGGAGGAAAGAACCCGACAGCUGGAGGCCGAAAGAUACAAACGGGUGGAGGCGGAGCUUCUGGAGAAUGUCCAGCUGUCAGAGAGAGAAACUCAGCAGCGGAUUGAGAUCCACAGCCUGAAGGUGACGCUGGAGAGGGAGCAGCUGGACAGGCAGAGAGCAGAAGAAGAAGGUGCUGAUGCUAGAGAAGCCUUGCAGAAGUCCAGGGAGUCCGUGCUGCAUCUCUCCUCCUCAGAGACGUUGCUGAAACGGGAGGUGCAGGAGGCGCGGGACGCUCUGGAGAAGGUGUCGGCUCUGAACUCGUCUCUGGCCACAGACAAACGAGAUCUGAACAUGCAGCUGCUGAAGCUGGAGACAGAGCAGUCAGACAGCCAGUCACAGCUGCAGACUCUGAGGUCAGAGGUCAGUGUUCUGCAGAGAGACAUCAAAAGUUUGACUAGUGAAGUCAGCCUCCUGAGAGUUCGGUCAGAGACAGACGCUGAUGUCAUCCAUCAGCUGAAGGAGCGACGUUCACACCUGGAGAGAAACGUGGAGGAGAAGGAGAAAGAGCUGGCCUCCCUGGAGGAGGAGAAGAAGACCACAGAUCAGGAGCUGGACGAGUUAUCCUCCCAGCACACCUUGGUAUGCAAGGUGCUAAAGGAGGUGCAGGAACAGCUGUGGAAGACAGAGCAGCAGCUGAAUCAGACGGAAAGACAGAAGGAGGAGCUGCAGAGAGAAAGCAAGAAGCUGCAGGAGGAACAGGAAGUUCAGAGGAGAUACAAGGAGCAGCUGGAAGAGGAGUUACAGGAGCUGAGGUCCGUGUCAGUGAACCUCCACCUGCAGCUCCGUCUGCAGCAGAAGCAGCGCUCCCAGUCUGAGGUGGACAGAUGUCAGCAGAACACACACAUCUGUACGCUGCAGCAGGCCAAAGCCAUCUUGCAGGGUGAGAUCGAGUGUCUGAGAGGAGAACUUCAGCGAGAGACGACAAGAAGAGAAGAUGAGAGAGAGAAAAGGGAAAGAAUGCUGGAGGAAAAGAAGGAGUUGAAAGUAGAAAUAGAGAGGCUAACGGAGGAGGUGAAGGAGCUGCAGACCAGAAGGAGGGAGGAAGACGACAAGUGGAAGGAGGAAAAGGAAUCGUGGCAGAGAGAAAGAGAAGUUCUGAACCAAGAGCUCGGCAUGAGAGAUGGAGAGAUGGAGGCUCUGAGGAGGCGCACCGAGGGAUUGAUGGAGGAGGUGGAGGAGAGGCAGAGAGAGGUGGAAAAACUGAGGGAGGAGGUGGCACAGGGAGAGACUGAGAUCAGCUUCACAAUGGAGAGACUGCAGAGAGUAGAGGUAGAGAAGGAGAACCUGAAGGAGCAAGCGAAGAGAAAAGAGGUCUGUCUGGAAGAAGAGGAGGUGAAGAGAAGAGAGGAGGAGAACCAGAGGGAUUUAGAGACGGAGGCACUGUGUGAACGGAUCGAGAAGUUGGAAACAGAAAAAAAAACAAUGGAGGACGAGCUCUGUCAGCUGAGGAGUGAGGAGGAGGAGAGGUGGAGAGAGAGAGCUGUGGCAGAUGAGGAAAUCAGCAGGCUGAGAAUAGAAAUCUCCUUUUUACAGGGGGAGGAGAGGAGACAGAGGGAGAAACAGCAGGAGGAGCUGGAGGAGCAGCUGAAAGAGAAAGUAGGGGAGGUGGAGCUCCUGAAGGUGAGGCUGAACGUGGCUCAGGAGGAGUAUGAAGAGAUGAAGGAGGAGGUGGAGAGGAGGGAGCGCGGCCUGGAGCGACAGAUCAGUGCUGUCAGGGAACGAGAGGAGGAGGUGGAGGAGCUGAAGGAGAGCCUGAGACUGACUGAGGAGCAGAAGGAAGAAGUUGAACGGGAACGGCAGGCGAUCUGUCACAAACUGCAGCAGGAGGAGGCGCGGCAGGAGCAGCUGCAGACUCUGCUGACAGAGACUCAGAUGCUCCUCGAGAAGGAGAAACAAGAAAGAGGAGAAAAAGAGAAAACAAUAACCUACCUGGGCAAGGAGCUGCAAGAGGCUCGGGCUGAGAGAGACGGAGCAAAUAAGAAGGUCAGAGAGAAGGAGGAGCUCUGUGAGCAGCUGCAGGAGGAGGUCAGGAUGUGGGAGCAGACAGGAGAGCACAGUGAUAGGGAGGUGAAAAAGCUCCACAAAGUCAAUAAGGAGCUACAAGAGGCGAUGCAGAAGCUGACUGCAAUGUUAGAGGAGAGAGAGGAGGAGUGGAAGGAGAAGGGAAAUGUGAGAGUGAAAGAGGAGAAAAAGCUCAACAAGGUCAUGAAAGAGCUACAAGAGGAGGUGCAACACCUAAAGGCUGCACUGGAGGAGAAGGAAGAGGAAGUGAGGGAGUGGAAGGAGAAGGCAGACCUGAGUGGGAAGGAGGAGAAAAAACUCAACAAGAUAGUUAAGGAGAGAGCAGAGGAGGUGAAGCAGCUGAGGGCCACACUGGAGGAGUUAGAGGAGCUGAAGGAGACCCUCAGGCUGACUGAGAAGCAGAAGGAGGAAGAAGAACGGGAGCGACAGGCGGUCUGUCACAAACUAAAACAGAAGGAGGUGCAGGAGGAGCAGCUAGAGGCUCUGCUGAUAGAAACUCAGGCGCUCCUCGAGAAGGAAAAAGGAGAAAAAGAGAAAAUGAUCUCCUCCCACAGCAAGGAGCUGAAGGAAGCUCAGGCCGAGAAAGAGAACGCGAAUAUGAAGGUCAGAGAGAAGGAGGAGGCCUGUGGGAGGCUGCAGGAGGAACUGAGGAGAUGGCUGCAGACAGCAGAGCUCAGUGAUAAGGAGGUGAAAAAGCUCCAAAGGGCCAUGAAGGAGCUACAAGAGGCGGUGGAGAAGCUAAAGGAGACAGAGGAGGAGUGGAAGGAGAAGGCAGAGGUGAGCGCAAAGGAUGAGAGAAAGCUACAUAGGGUCAUCAAGGAGCAACAAGAGGAGGUGGAGCAGAUGAGGGAAGCGCUGGAGGAGAAGGAGGAGGAGGUGAGGGAGUGGAUGGAGAAGGCAGACAUGAGUGUAAAGGAGGAGAAAAAUCUCAACAAAGUUGUUAAAGAUAAAGUAGAGGAGGUGAAGCAGCUGAGGGCAACCCUGGAGGAGAAGGAGGAGGAGCUGAGAUCAAAAGAGGAGGAGUGGAGGUCAAGGGAGCUGAUGAGAAUCAAGAAGGCACAGGAGGAGGAGAGGCACAUGGAGGAGGUCCAAGAGGAGCUGAUGAGCAGUAAAAGGGAGGUGUCUGAACUGAGGGAAGAUUUGUAUAAGGAGCAAAGAGAAAAGGAGGAGAAGCAGGAGCAGCUGAGGAGCUUUGAAAAGGAUAUGGCCGCUCUCAGAGAGGAGAUGCAGAGGGAGAAGAGACAGGAAAAGGAGGAGAGGAGACUCCUGGAGGAGAUGCAAAAAGAGAAGGAGGCAGCCCAUAAAGCAGUGUGGGAGGAGCUUAGAAGGAGUGAGGAGGAGUGGAGGUCAAAGGAGUUGAUGAUCAAUCAAAUAGCACAGGCAGAGAGGAGGCAGAUGGAGAAGGUAUUGGAGGAGCUGAUAAGUAGCAAAAGAGAGGUGUCUACACUGAGAGACGAGAUGAAUGAGGAGCAAAGAGCAAAUCAGGAGAAAUUGAGGACUUUUGAGGAGGAGGUGAUAGCUCUCAGACAGGAGGUUAUUAAAGAACAGAAGGAGAAGGAGGAGAAGCAGGAGAAGCUCCGAAAAUUUGAGAAGGAGGUGUCUGAACUCAAAGUGGAGCUUGUGGAGGAACUCCAGGAGGGGGAGAAAAUCCGAGAUGAAUUGAUGAAGAGGAAGGAGGAGGUGGAGGAAGAGGUCAGAAGGACCAAGAACGCAUUAAAAGUCAUCACUGAGGAGUCGAAAACAGAGAAGGAGCAGAUGAAAGAGAAAUUAAGAAGGACAGAAUUGGAGGUGGGGACUGUAAAGGAAGCCUACAGGAGGAGUGAAAAGGAGGUGUUGCUGCUCAAAGAGGAGCUCCAGAAGGAGCAGCAGGAGAAGCUGAAGACGCAAGAGAAGCUGAAGGAAAGUAGAGAAGACGUCUUGGAUCUUAAAGAGGAAGGAAAGAAGGAGCGCCAGAGGAGGGAGGAGGUGCAGGAAGAAUUGAGAGCUGUUCAGCGGAAUGUGGAGGUGAUGGAGGAGAGCCUGAGCUCCCUGCAGAGUCAGGUGUGGAAUCUGAGCCUGAGCCAGGAACAAGCUAAAAGGGAGUUGAAGGAGAAGGAGGAGCAGAACCAGGAGUUGAGGGACUCCCUUAGGGUGGCCAUGAAGGACCUGGCCCAGCUGGAGGUUCUCCUGAAGGAGAGCCAUGCUGAGGGGGAGUGCUUGAAGACCUCCCUGGUGGAGAAGAAGGAGGAGAUGGACAGAAUCAGAGAGGAGAGUCAGAAAGUGGCCAAUGAAGAACUGGAGAAGCAAGGAGAGCUAGAGGAGCUGCGAGCCAGAGUUAAGAGCCUGAAGAAGAGAAACAGUGAGAUGUUAGAGGAUCUGGGCAAUGCAGAGAAGAGGAGGAAGGAGGCUGAGAGGAAGUGGAAGAGUCAAUUGGAACAGGUGGAGAAAGAGCAGGUGGUGAAGCUGAACGCUCUCAAUGCAGAAAUCCAGUUACUGCGGAGGAAACAGGAGGAGAUGGAAACAAAGUGGAGGACCAGGGUGGAAGAGAAGGAAGUGGAGGUAGAGAAAGCGAGGAUGGAGGUGCAAGAGAGCCAAACCGAGCUGAACAGGUACAAAACCUUAACAGAGGAGCAGAAGAAUCAGCUCUACAUACUGACUCAGAGCAACAGGCAGCUGGAGGCAGACAGGGACCGGGUCCGAAUGGCUCUGGAGCGGACAGAGUCGGCCAUGAUUGGCUACAGGGAGAGAGCGCACCAACAGGAGCAGAACCCCGGGGCAGUUCCUCGCUCAGAAGAGAGAAAUGUGUGUCCUCAGGGUGACCGACUGUUGAUCCUGCAGCGCCAGGUGGCUGAACUGGAGCUGAACCAAAAACGGAUGGACAAGAAGAAUUCUCGUCUGGAAAGCCAGAAAGACAAGCUGAAGAAAGACAGAAGUGUUCUCAAAGACACGUUGAAACAGGUGGAGGAGGAACGAUCGAGGCUCCAGCAGCAGCUUUCACUCAGCUCCAUGUCUCAGUCAUUUGAGAACACUGCUAACGUGGAGCGCACCGUGAAGGAGCUGGAGGACCAGGUGAAUCGUCUCCGCAUCUCGCUGGCUGUGGAGCAGGAGCAGAAGGCGGAGUUUAUCGAGCAGACCUCCAGAAAUAGCGAAUGGCUUCUCUCGCUGAGGCAGGACCUGAACGAUUCACUGGCCGCCGUCUCACGCCGUCCAAUCCCAGCCGUCCUGGAGUCUGAGACGCAGCGAUUGGACCGCAGCUUGAGGGAGGAGGACCUUAAGUUGUCUCUGAGCCAAUCAUACCGUGCUUCCCCUCGCACCUCUCCGGUUCCACUUCCAGCCAGAGAGCGUUUGGACCGGCAGCACCGAGCCUCAGAGAGGCGACUUCAGAUCCAACAGGAUGCUGCUUUACUUCCUCCUGUCGCCAUGGUCACUGAUGCUGGACACCUGGCCAGAGCAGCUCAGUCCAGCUUGCAUACUUGUCAACCAGUAACAGACUGGUUUCAGUGUUUCCUCAUGACGACUGGGAAGACAGACGAAACUGAAGAGACAUGUGGACGUCAGAGACACGAGGACAGCAGCAGCAAAGCUUCCUUCACGACUCUGAGCUCCAUCGCCAUCCAGGCCGGCCAGACCCAGAUUGUUGCUUCUGUCCUCCAGAGCGGCUCUCUGAUCCACCUCCAGCUGGUCCAGUUCCAGCCAGGACUCUGUGAGAUUGGAUCGGACCGGGAGGAAAACCGCAUCCUGAUCCAGGAGCAGCAGCAGCUUCUGGAGAAACUCCAGAAACAUGAGCCUGAGGUGUUGGUUGUGGUGGAAAAGAAACACCAGGAGAAACUGAGGAUGAGGAGGGAUGGAAGGAGGAAGCAGGAGGAAGAGGAAGCGUUGGCUGAGGCGAUGAAGGCGUCUCUGAGGGAGGGAUGGUCGCUGCUCCUCCGACUGCUGGAGAGACGUCUGGACGUCCUGAAACAGGCUUCAGAUUUCUUCUGCCGAGUGACGGAGUUUGCUGUUGGCAUCGACAGAUUAGAGGAUCUCCAGAUUAAAAAUGAAGACAAUCUGCAUGAUGUUCAGAUCUCCUAUGACUUCAUGAGGAAAGAUAUUCUGGGAAAGUCGCUGCAGGUUUUAACAAGCAGCAGCAACCUGCUGCAAAGACUCAGACAGCUCCAGAGGACUGAGGCCCUCCAGAGGAGAGGAAGGGUACUGCAGGGUGAUGAAGAAGAUGUUGAGGAGAGUUCCCAGUGUUCCCUGUACAGCAGAGGUCCGGUGCUGAGGCUGGAGCAGCUGGUGGAGGACCUGCAGGACCGAAGGCGGAAGGUUGACCAGGCUUUCAGACUGCAGCUGCAGCAGGCAGAAGUGGUUCUCAACAUGAGGGAAGAGUCCAAAACAAAAAACCAGAGUCUACUGAACCAGAACCUACAGUUCGGAUCAACAUCAGACCAAACCAAAGAGCUGGGGUUGAAAUCAGGAUCCGGGUCAGAUUUCCAGAUUAAAUCUUCCUCAGAACAAAACCCUGUAGAGCAGAUGGAAGAACCAGAAGAUGUAGAGCUGGAAUCCAGAGUACAAGAGUCUGAACAAGAACCAGAUGUUAAACCAGAUUCCAGGUUCAACCUGAACUCCAAGCCUCAAUUAAAUCAUCUCAGAGAGCUGAAAUCUGGAUCCAGAUUAGAUGAAAUCAAAGACGAGCGUGGAUCCAGAUCAGAGUUCAGAUCAGGAGGAUCCACUGAAACCAGAUCAGAGACAACCAGAACACUGCAGUCUGAAUCCAGUUCAACUGAGAGCUCAAAGCUAACGACAGAAUCUGGGUCACAAUCUGAUUCCAGAUCAGACCUAAACCCCAGAUCAGAAGAACCAGGAUCUGGAUCAAAACAGGACAAUGAAAUAAUGCUUCAAUCUGGAUCAGAAAAGACCAACAAACAGCAGCUGGAGUCCAAAACAAAAGAGACCAGAAACCCACUGUUCAGUUUUACAACCGUUCUCAAAACCAAGUUUAGAUUAGAUGAACUCUACAUAUCUGAACCUGAUGUGAAGCCCAGGUCCAGAUCAGGAGAAAUCACUGAAAAUAGAUCAGAAAAGACCAGAAAUCUGCUGUUUGAAUCCGAUUUGGAUGAGAGUUCAGACCAACAACCUGACCUGAAAACCGAACCAGAGUCACAAAACUCCAGAGACACUCAAACUGGGUUCCUGUCAGAACCAAAUAACCAACUUAUAUCUGGUCCCAGACCAGUUCUCAAAACCAGGUCUAGAUCAGAAGAACAGCAGCACACAUCUGGGUGUGAUGGAAAACCCAGAUCCACUGGAUCCAGUCCACAGGGGAUCAGAAUCUUUGGGCUCAAAUGUAAUUCAGAAAACAUCCCUGAAACCGGAUCAGAUUCUGCGCCUCUGAAGUUUCCAUCAAUACAGCAACGUGGAUCUGGGUCAGAGAAACCUGAAUCCAGUUCAGCUGAGAUCACCGACCUCCAAACUGGAUCCAAGUUGGACCUGAAGAAUCAGACCAGAUCACAGCAGGAGGAGGAUCUAAAUCAUCUAUCUGGAUCUGAGAAGUCCGGGAAACAGAGCCAGCAAUCCAAAAUGGUGGAAACUAAAUCCAAAUCCAGGUCAGACAAGUCGCUGAGACACGGAUCAGAUGCUAAACCCGGAUCAGAAUCAGAAGUUACCAAAACACUAGAGAUCUCUGGAUCUGGGUCGGACCCGUCCUCAGUGAAGAACCGACUCGGUGAGGAACAACAGUUUGAGGCACAGCAGCAACAGGAGUUCAGGAGUUGGUACCAGGAGAGACUGGUGAAGACCCGGCAGGACCUGAACUGUGUCUCAGAGCUGCUGGACUCCUGCACCAGCAUGGAUCUGGGUUCAGAGCUGCAAACCAACAGGCUGCUGGAGCAGUUCAGACAGGCAGAACCACAUUUCAGGCAACUGGAUGUUCAGGUGGAAAAUACGGUGAGGAGCUGGGAGAACCUGAGAGGAGUCCAGGCUCGUCAGGGAGGAGCAGUGAUGGAGGAGGAUCUGUCUGAGCUGCUGAAGCUACAGCAAGCAGUGAAGGACAAAAUACAGCAAGGCGAGUCGAUCCUGAACCAGAGCAGCAGCUUCCAUCUCACAGCCAAACAGCUGGAGCUGCUGCUUCAGUCAGAACCUCCCUCUCCUUUAACUGGUUGGAAAGAAGAAGAACUGAGUCAACUACAGGAGACCCAGCAGCAGAUCCAGAACCUCCUCAGAACCACCUUGACUAUGAAGACAGACAUCUGCACUGCAGUUUCACAAAGCAACUGGGCUGGUUUCCAGGUGGACCAGCUGGAGAUCCGUUUGGGGUCUCUGGCCUCUCUCUGUGAGUCCUGGCUGAACAAAGCAGCUCAAUGUGAGGAGGAGCUCCGAAGGGAGCAGCUGACUCACCUCCUGCAUGAAGACAUCACCCAGCUUCGUGUGUCCUUCAAGGAGCUGAAAAAACGUUUCAGCAACACUAAGUUCAACUACUUGAAGAGAAACGACCGAACUAGGAACUUGAAGGCAGUCUGGAACCAACUGCAGCAGAUGGAGGUUUACCUGGAGAAGCUGCAGGGGCUCAGGAAGCGCGUUCAUGGUGUGACAGCCCAGCUGGGAUCAGAGGUCAAAAACACGGGCAUACCCCGGCACUUGGAGGAUGCUGUCAACGAGCUGCAGAGGCAGAUGGGACAGUUGGAGAGAAACAUCUGUGAGCACCAGAAAACUCUGGACAUGACAUGCAAGCUGCAGCAGGCCAUGGAGGAGUACCAUUUCUGGUGCGAGGAGGCGAGCGCCACCAUCUCUCGCGUUGGGAAGUUUUCCUUGGAGUGCCGCAGCACCGAAGCCGUCUCCGUUCUGUACCGGCAGUUUGAGAAGUUUGUUUGGCCGACGGUUCCUCAGCAGGAGGAGAGGAUCAGUCAAAUCACGGAGCUGGCUGUCAGGCUGCAUGGGGUGGAGGAAGGACAGCGUUACAUAGAGAAGAUGGUCAGUAAACACUCAGAGAUGGUGGAGUCCAUCAGAGAGCUGAGUGAGGGUCUGAUGGAGCUGGAGGCCAAACUGAAGUUCGAGAAUCUGAAACAGCAACAGCAGAAGGCUGAAGAGAAGAUAGAGGAGGCAGAAGAGAGGGAACAAGGGAGACAGACAGAAGAGCAGGAGAAGAUAAAAGAAAAGAACAGGAUUAAGCAGAAGGAUAAUCGCCACACACAGGAGGCUGCUGAUAUGCAUGAACUUAAAGAGACAGGCCACACCCCCGAACUGAUCACAGAGAACGAUAGAAAUGAGGCUGCUGCAGCCAAUAGGAAGCCUCCGUCAGAGAAGAGUCAGGGUGUAAAUGGACCGACAGCAAACAGAGAGUUACACAGUGAGAAGUUCACCUCCUCCUUCGCUUCUACCCUCACCAUCUGUUCACCUGUGGAUGCCAAGCAGCAGGUUCAAGCCAACCAAUCACAGACUGCUACUUCUGAGUCUCAAGCCCCACCCUCUGAGGCUGUCAUUGGUCCAUCAUUUCCUCAUAACUGGGAAAUGGAAGGAGAGGAACAACAUAUUGGUUCCAGCUUCUGUGGCUCAAAUUCACUACAGGAAAUUCCUCCACAUGUUGAGCUCCAUCAACCUGAGGUGACGACCGAGGAUUAUUUUUCCAACGAUGAGUACGAUUGUGCAUCCCCUGAUGACAUUUCCCUGCCGCCGCUUGCUGAGACUCCAGAGUCCAACAUGUUCCAUUCAGAUGUUGAGGAGGGUUUCUGCUUUAGUUCUCAUAGCGUUCACAUCAGCCAGGUCAGCCACCAAUGCUAUGCCCAGUCAGAACCAACUAGAACUGAUUCUGUCCCACAACAAAAAGUGUCAAGUCAGAUGGAAAACUGCCCAGCUCCUACAGUCAGACUACACAGCAGGUUCAGGUCAGAGUCCAGAUCCUUUAACCCAAGUCCAUCCUCAGUUUCUGCUACAACACUUUUUACCAGUACUCUAUGCACCAUCCUGAAAACCAAAGAGUCUACCUCUGACGUCUCUCUGGACAACCCAGUCCAUGGAUACAACAAAGACUGUUCUAAAAUAAAAAACUCUCCAAAGCAGAGUUGUCCAUCCACAACCCUUACACAGGAUUUGAGUCAGAGUAUUCAUCCGCAGUCCUUCAUUGGUUCAAACAAAAGUCUCAAAAAUCACAUUCCUAAAGGAGAGACAGAGGUUCUAAACAUCCAUCCUAGUUACACUAAAACAAACUGUAUACUUCCUGAGAAGAGGGAAUUAUUUGAAUCCCAUCAUUGUACAGGUCAUACCCAACAGGACAUGAAGUCUACUGAAAAUUCAAGAACUAUGCCUCAACAAGACAGCUUCGCUAAAAUCAGCACUAGUUUACUUUCCCAGCAAAACAUUGACAUCAAGUCAUCUUUUUCAGACAAUCAUUGUACCAACCCCAUGGUCUGUAGUAACUCUGCACAGGAAAGCUCAUUCAAUCCCUCCUAUGAUUCAGUCCCCAUGUUUGAAGAGUCUUACAUGUCCAGUGUUACAGACACUAUCCUCCACAAAGACAUAACCCAACCACAAGACAAUAACCUUCUAGAACCUUCUACAACAAACCUCCAAAGUUCAACAUCUCAAGAUCCAACCUUUUUACAGACCAGAAGUGAACCAAAUCAGGAUGUAUCUUUAACACUUAAAGAUAGCAGUGUUAGUACAGCCACCUCAGUCACCCAGAGCAUCUUCAACCAGUCGUUGCCUUCUGGCAGGUCACAGACCAACAAAACUUCAAACCAAGGUCCAAGAGAUCUACCUGAAGACCUCAUCCAAAACCCUCCACAGCCUAAAACCAUCAGCAACACCAGUAUCUACUGCAGCAAGCAGGGUCUUCAGACAGUUUUCCCUCUCCAGGACACCCAGCAGUGUCUGCAUGGUUCCAGCAUGAGACCCAGUUCAGCCCAGCCAGCUCCUCCCCACCCAGAACCUCAAACCCACCCUUCACCUGAUCAAGCUAACCUGCAUGGCACAUCUCCAUAUUCUACACCUCAUGUACUAACACCAUCCCAGGAUCCUGAUAUUUGUCAACCCAUGGCUAUCCGGGAAGAGAUUAGACUUACUCCCCAGAUACAGGGGCCUCCUCUUCCUUCUGCUCGUCUUCCUCAUCCCUCAUCAGAGUCUAUUCCUUUGGGAAAAGUCUCUGAACCUGGCCUCACCUUGUUCACCAGGCCCUGGUCUGAACCCAUCGUCAUGGAGGGCUGUCCAGUGAUGUUAGAGGUGGAGGUGAUGGGAAACCCAGAGCCCAGGCUCACUCGGUUUAAACUAGAAGAGGACCAGAACCAGAACCAGGAUCAGGACUUACAGCUGUUGACUGGAAGCAGCAGUGGUGCUGAUAAUAAAUGGCUGAUGUUGGAGGCGUUGGACAUCAUCAUGGAGAACUGGAACACCUGGUUUGGGACUCUCUGUGUCCUGCUGUGGCUGCUCUACCUGGUUUUACUCUGACUCAAGGGGUUUUACUCUGACCUUUUCAUUUCUGCUGGAUAGAUCAGAUAUUUGAAUCAGUUCAAUCAAAUUUUAGCUUAAUUGACCUCUAUAAACAUGUCAUUUUCAUAAUUUUAAACCGACUGUAAACCCAAGCUUUCAUGUGUUGUAAUUUGGUUUGAAAUGUUUGUAGUACUUUAAAAUAUUAAACCGAGAAUGACGACAAAC